AUGCCCCCUAAUCCCACGUCACUGCCGGCCACGGCUGUGAGCCCGGUACGGCUGUGUUCCUCGGCGGCCACCUACGCGACGGACUCGGCGUACGAGACCACCCACGUCCCGGUCUCUUCGUGCCACCACGACUUCGGCUUCGGCUCCUGUUGCGGGCUCCUGCUCCUGCCUCGGCUCCAGCUCCGACUGCGACUUCGACUUCGGCUCCGAUCGCGCCCCGCGCGUGCCCGUCGGUUCCUCGCUCUGCUGCGGCUGCGGUUGCGGCUCCUGCUCCGCCUGGACCGCCGACUGUCAUUGCGCGGCCUUCUCCGCUGCCUGCGGGUGUCGCGACUGCGCGAUCGCGAUCUCGACCUGGAUCUCGACCACGAGCGUGAGCGGCUGGUCAUGCGCCUCUUGGUCCGCUGUCUGCGCCUCGGCGGGCUCCGCGAUGAUGAAGGAGACGACGAUGAUGACGACGACGACGCGGAGCUCGACCGGCUCCUGCUCCGCGAUCGCCUGGCCCAGUUCGGCGAGCGCGAGCGCGAGCGCGACCUGGAUCUCGCCCUCUUGGUCACCGGUGUCCGAGAGCGGCUUCGGCGAGAGCGCUUGUACACAGGGCUGCGGCUGCGCGAGUGCGGCGCCACCCACUCCGGCGUUGGCAUGUCGCGCAAGAAGCGCAUCAUCUGCUCGUAG